UUAUAUGUAGGUGGUGGAUUUGCUAGUGGAAUUAUUGAUCUAGGGGGGCUAAAAGUGUCUCAAGUUUCAACAUUCAACAAAGUUUGGACAACCUUAGAAGGUGGACCAGAUAAUGCAGGGGCUACAUUCUUUGAGCCAGCAGGAAUACCUGAGGGGUUCUUCACAUUAGGCUAUUACAGCCAACCAAACAACAAACCUCUUUUUGGAUAUGUUCUUGUGGCAAAAGAUGAUUCUUCAGCUGAUAAUGGAGCUUUAAAGGAACCAGUUGAUUACACACUGGUAUGGAGCAGCAGGUCCCAAAAAAUCAAGCAAGAUAAGGAUGGUUAUAUUUGGUUACCAACAGCACCUAAUGGCUACAAGGCUUUGGGACAUGUUGUCACCACCACUCCUGAUAAGCCUUCCCUUGACAGAAUCAGGUGUUUGAGGUUAGACCUCACAGAUCAAUGUGAGACAUACUCAUGGAUUUGGGGACCAGGCAAGAGCAAUGAUGAAAAAGGUUUCAAUGUUCAUGAUGUAAGACCAAGCAACAGAGGAACUCAAGCACCUGGUGUUCAAGUAGGAACUUUUUUUGCCCAAGAUGGUGGCACUACUAGCACUAUCCCAAUUGCCUGUUUGAAAAACACCAACAUGAACUUCUCCUCCAUGCCUAAUCUACCCCAAAUUCUGGCAUUAAUCCUAGCUUACUCUCCAAUCAUGUACUUGCAUCCUGAUGAAAAGUACCAAUCUGCUUCUACUAAGUGGUUUUUCACCAAUGGGGCAUUGAUUUAUGAGAAAGGAGAAGAGUCCAGACCACUGCCAAUAGACUCAACAGGUUCUAACCUUCCUCAGGGUGGCACCAAUGAUGGUGCCUAUUGGUUGGACCUGCCUGCUGAUAAAGCCAACAAAGAAAGGGUCCAAAAAGGAGAUUUCAAGAGUUCCCAAGUUUACAUUCAUGUAAAACCCAUGUUUGGUGGAACAUUCACUGAUCUUGCCAUGUGGGUUUUCUACCCUUUCAAUGGGCCUGCAACAGCAAAAGUAGGACUCAUAAAUGUUCCACUUGGGAAAAUAGGAGAACAUGUUGGGGACUGGGAGCAUGUGACAUUAAGGGUAAGCAAUUUCAAUGGGGAGUUAAGAAAGGUAUAUUUCUCACAACACAGUAAAGGUCAAUGGGUGGAUUCUUCUGAACUUGAGUUCCAAAUUGGUAACAAACCAGUGGCUUAUUCUUCCUUAAAUGGCCAUGCUUUUUACUCAAAAGCUGGACUUGUUAUGCAAGGUCUUAGUGAUAUUGGAAUAAGGAAUGACACUGCUAAGAGUAAUAUGGUGAUAGAUAUGGGGUUGAGUUUUGAAAUUGUUUCUGGGGAAUAUUUGGGAUCAGCAAUUACAGAACCACCAUGGUUGAAUUAUGGCAGGCAAUGGGGUCCAAAAAUUGACUAUAACAUUAAAGAAGAGUUUAACACCGUGGAAAAGGUGUUCCCUGCUUUGAAAAUUCUUGAAGAUAAAUUACCAGAUGAGUUAUUGGGUGAGGAAGGACCCACAGGGCCAAAGAUCAAGAAAAAUUGGAGUGGUGAUGAACUUUGAAAGAUUUGGUGGCAUUAUUCAGACCAAGCAAUUAAAAACGAAGACUUUGGCUUGUUUGUUGUGUGUAUUUAUAAUGUUUGUCUUGAAUAUCUACAUUAUUUUGAGG